UUCAAUCUAGUGAUGUUUUAGUUAGGGUUUCCAUUGCUGUGGAAAGACAUCACGACCAAAGAAACUUUUAUAAAGGACAACAUUUAAUUGGGGCUGGCUUACAGGUUCAGAGGGUCAGUCCAUUAUCAUCAAGGUGGGAGCAUGGCAGCAUCCAGGCAGGCAUGGUGUGGGAGGAGCUAAGAGUUCUACACCUUGAUCUGAAGGUGGCCAGGAGAAGACUGGUGUCUGCAGGCAGCUAGGAGGAAGCUCUCUCAAAGUCCAACCCCCCCCCCCCAACAGUGGCAUAUUUCCUCAGCUCCUCAGCGAGGCCACACCUACUCCCCAAAAGGCCACACCUAUUAAUAAGUAUUGAAACUACCACAAGUGAUAAUGCUAAUAUAUCUAGAAACUUUUAUCUCUUCUCGUAAACUAAAAAUUCACAUAAGCUUCAGGGAGUCGUAAGACUUGGCUCUACCUGUCACAGGUCAAAUGGACUCCAGAUAAGUGUAGCCAAGUUUCCCACCUGUCUAGUUCUGAGGGUGGGAUCUCCCCACUUGUCUUGAGACUCCUCCCUUUUGUCAAUUACUGGGACUAUGGGCCUGAAAGUUCCAAAUGUAAGGCUUCCUUUUAAGUUCCUACAUUUUAACUUCUGUCCCUAGUCUAUACUGUCUCAGUAGAUUUCCAUUUGGCUGAGACCAUUUGGGGAUCACUUGUGGACUACAAACUGCUGAGCUCUGAACUUUGCUGAAAGUCUAGGUAAAUCAGCCUAGUUUAUGUGAUUGCUUCCUGCCUCCUCAGCCUGGUUAGCUAACCAGAUUCUUCUGAUGAAUGCCCCAUUGUCUGAAACCCUUCUCAGCCUUUGACAGCCUUUCAGCUUUCCCUGGUCCUGACAGCUCUGCCCUAGUUUCAGUGGGAAGUAGUUACAAAGGAGAAUAAGUCUUGCCCCACCUCCCUCCUGCAGGCUGAAAUGCUAAGUCCAAAGGAAACUCCCUAGCAUAGUCAAAAAGCCAACUGACAUACCAAGAAAGUGGGCCCCAAUAUAUCAACUGGUAGAUUCAUUAAUUGAAAUAUUUCUACAAUCUGAUACAGCACUUGGCCUGGUUUAUGUAGAAUGAAGUGGUAGUAUAUAGCUUUAAGGGAAAAUAGUUAUUACUACUGUACAAGUCUGUAGUAGGUUGUACAGGGUUAUCCCUGAUUGGAUAAUAAAUAUGCCUGCUGUUGUGUUAGAAGCAUGGCUCCAGACAGACCAUACCAGGCCAAACACGUGAGGUUUACUGUAGGAGAACAGGGCAGAGGUGGCUGCUAAGGAGAAAGGGUGGGGGGAAGAGAGGUUAGAGGGCUCUGGGAGGUGAGCCAAGUGGAUUCUGGGAAUAUGGUGUCAGUUGCCUUGGCAACAGAUGUGCAGGUCCCUGUUGCCUAGGUGUGAUGUCACUGGUUUCAGAGCCGAUCCUGAUACUAACACCUGCAGCCUAUAACUGGGCAGAAUUGAGAUAGGCAGGGUCUAGGGUUUUGGGGCUUGGGUUCUGGGGAGAAACACAAGGAGGAGAGAAAGGAAGGUAGAGAUAGAAGAUACCAUGGGUAAGAAUAUUGAAAUUAUAGCCACCAAAACUGGCCAGUUGGAGCUAAGAGCAACCCAGAUGGAACAUGGCCGGUCAUAUUGUGGAGUUAUUGGCAGGGAAAUCGACAUAAUAGCAUAGAAGAUGGAUAUCUGCCCAGCUGUGGUGCUCACUGAGGCUUAUUAUAAAUACCAAGGUCGCAUGUUGUCUUUUAUCUGGGAACUGAAUGGCCAAAGGCAGGGUAGAAACUACAGAUUGAGAUUAAAUAUUUUCUACAACACAAUCCAUUUGGGAUUGUAAUCUGGCAUACAAAAAACUAUUAUAGAAAGGGGUCCUGAGAUAAAGUAAAUGACUGGUGCCCCAUCCAUUCCAGGCUCCUUCUGGGUAGUAACUCUGUCGUCAGCCAUCAUAGAGCCUUUGGCCGUUCUGCUUCUCCUAAUUACUGUUGGCUCUUACAUCAUUGAUACAAUAACCAAAUGAUAAUUCAUGUCUGGGUACCAUGAAACUGAUGGUUAUUAGAUCCCAGUAUAAAUAAGUACCCCUCCUUCAGUCAAGGAUUUGACCUAGGGAGGGAGGGCCAGCCUGGUCUACAGAGUGAGUUCCAGGACAGCCAGGGCUACACAGAGAAACCCUGUCUCAAAAGCAAAAACAGAAACACAACACCUUAGGGAGGAGGGAAUAUAAGACCUAAAGUUAAACUGUGAGUCCCACUUGCCAAAGGACCCAAUAAUUUCCUGGAAUGCUGGGAGUUGCAAUUCCUGAAAGAUAAAGUCACAUGGGAAAAUACAAAGGCCAUAUGAUUUUGCCCUUAAAAUUCCUUACAACAUUGUCUCCACUUAGCUGGGAAUUCUAGAGAGUGGUCUUGACCAAAGCCCAUCCUAGACAUUAUUUAAUUAAAGCUUGCUUCAAAUUUGGUUCAAAAUUGUGGUUUUUCUCUUGUGAGUUUCAAGGUUAACAUAACUUCCUAAAGACAAAGAAUUGGUCUCCUUCUCUAAACAGCAUGCAUAUCCCUCUGGUUUAGAUUUUCAGUGAAUUGUCCUUUUUAGACUUCAGUAGAGGGCUCUGAAAGGCCUCUGCUUCCCUAUGCACUCCCGAUUCUUUUUUUUGUUUGUUUGUUUUUUGUUUUUUUGUUUUUUUGUUUUUCGAGACAGGGUUUCUCUGUAUAGCCCUGGCUGUCCUAGAACUCAUUCUGUAGACCAGGCUGGCCUCUCACCAGAAAUCCACCUGCCUCUGCCUCCGGAGUGCUGGGAUUAAAGGUGUGCACCACCACUGCCCACUGUACUCCCGAAUCUUAUGCCUUCUCUGCUAAGAGCUGCAAUUACAAACUUGUGCCACCAACCUGGCCUUCUUUCUUUUCUUUCUGGAUGGGAUCUUGCUACACACUCUUGGCUGACCUAAACUCCCCCUUCCCCUGCUCCUGAAGCAAUGAGAUUAUUAGUCUGUGCCACUGUGGCCAUAAGGUCGCUUUUCCCAUUGCAGUCCAACCAUAUAUAAUCCUUCAGGAAUCAAGCAAUUGAAACACAGAUGUGGUGAAACCCAGAUGUACAAGGACUUGCCCUGAGGCACAGACCUGAGCUAGAGCAAUCCCUGAGGCUUCCAGUGUGUCCCUUUAAGAGAAAGGUUUGUCCUUGGCAACUGGUACUUAGAUAGGGCCCUGGGGAAGCCCUGGGGAAAGAAAGGAACAAGACUGCAGAAGACUGGCCAGUGGGUGACUUUGACAACCAGAGCAAGGCAGGACUAUAGGCCAAGGACCUGUAACUUCAGCUUGACAAGAUGGGCUCUUCUGGGUCAAGAUACAAGACUGAGGGUCCACAAGAUCAAACCCCAGGGCUUGGAGCAUGCCAAGCAGGAACUCUACCAGUGAGUGAGCAACAGCCUCAGUCAGCAUGAAACCAUUUGAACUGAGCACAACCGAUAUCCUCACCGAUACAGCAUCCGGUCCUCCCCCAGAACUGCUUUCUUACCAUCUGGUCAAAAGCAAUUAACUGUUGAGCGAAAAUUGCAUCGUCGGACAGAACGUAAUUAGUUCCAAGAUCUGGCUCAGGGUGACCUGACUUGACCUAACCUGGAGCCGGCAAGGGCUCAAGCCUUCCACCGCUCUAGCGCUCUCUUCCCAUCCACUCCAAGGACUGCAGAGGGAAUUUCCUUUUGGCGCGGAGGGCAGUCGCUCCGAGGGACACCAGAGGAUCUCGUCUGCAGUGUUGCUUCCACCACCAGGGACACGAGCUGGAGUGAGCAAACCAACAUGUCAGAGUGGGAGUCCUACUACAAAACUGAGGGCGAGGAAGAGGAAGAGGAGGAGGAGAGCCCCGACACAGGUGGAGAAUAUAAAUAUUCAGGAAGAGAUAGCUUGAUUUUUCUGGUUGAUGCCUCCAGGGCUAUGUUCGAAUCUCAGGGUGAAGAUGAACUCACACCUUUUGAUAUGAGCAUCCAGUGUAUCCAGAGUGUGUACACCAGUAAGAUCAUAAGCAGCGAUCGGGAUCUCCUGGCAGUGGUGUUCUAUGGAACCGAGAAAGAUAAAAAUUCAGUGAAUUUCAAAAAUAUUUAUGUCUUACAAGAUUUGGACAACCCAGGCGCUAAGCGAGUGCUAGAGCUCGACCAGUUUAAGGGACAACAGGGGAAGAAGCACUUCCGAGACACGGUUGGCCAUGGGUCUGACUACUCUUUGAGUGAAGUGCUCUGGGUCUGUGCCAACCUCUUCAGCGACGUCCAGCUCAAGAUGAGUCACAAGAGGAUCAUGCUGUUCACCAAUGAAGACGACCCCCAUGGCCGUGACAGUGCUAAAGCCAGCCGGGCCAGGACCAAAGCCAGCGACCUCCGGGACACUGGGAUCUUCCUUGACUUGAUGCAUCUGAAGAAGCCAGGAGGCUUUGAUGUAUCCGUGUUCUACAGGGACAUCAUCACCACCGCUGAGGACGAGGACCUUGGGGUUCACUUCGAGGAGUCAAGCAAGCUGGAAGACCUGCUAAGGAAGGUUCGAGCCAAGGAGACCAAAAAGCGAGUUCUGUCCAGGUUAAAGUUUAAGCUCGGUGAAGACGUAGUACUCAUGGUGGGCAUUUAUAACUUGGUCCAGAAAGCUAACAAGCCUUUUCCAGUGAGACUCUAUCGGGAAACAAAUGAACCAGUGAAAACCAAGACAAGGACUUUUAAUGUAAACACCGGCAGUCUACUCCUGCCUAGUGACACCAAGCGGUCUCUGACUUAUGGGACACGUCAGAUUGUGCUGGAGAAAGAGGAGACAGAGGAGCUGAAGCGGUUUGAUGAGCCAGGUUUGAUCCUCAUGGGCUUUAAGCCCACGGUGAUGCUGAAGAAGCAGCACUACCUGAGGCCCUCUCUGUUCGUGUACCCGGAGGAGUCCCUGGUCAGUGGGAGCUCAACCUUGUUCAGCGCUCUGCUCACCAAGUGUGUGGAGAAGGAGGUCAUAGCAGUGUGUAGAUACACACCCCGGAAGAACGUCUCCCCGUAUUUUGUGGCUUUGGUGCCCCAGGAAGAGGAGCUGGAUGAUCAGAACAUUCAGGUGACUCCAGGAGGCUUCCAGCUUGUCUUCCUCCCUUAUGCCGAUGACAAGCGGAAGGUGCCCUUUACUGAGAAGGUGACGGCCAACCAGGAGCAGAUAGACAAGAUGAAGGCCAUUGUUCAAAAGCUCCGCUUCACAUACAGGAGCGACAGUUUUGAGAAUCCAGUCCUGCAGCAGCACUUCCGCAACCUGGAGGCCCUAGCUUUGGACAUGAUGGAGUCGGAGCAAGUGGUAGAUCUGACACUACCCAAGGUUGAAGCCAUAAAGAAAAGACUGGGUUCCCUGGCAGAUGAGUUUAAAGAACUUGUCUAUCCUCCAGGUUAUAAUCCCGAGGGAAAAGUUGCCAAGAGAAAACAAGAUGAUGAAGGUUCUACGAGUAAAAAGCCCAAGGUAGAGUUAUCAGAAGAAGAGCUGAAGGCCCAUUUUCGUAAGGGCACACUGGGUAAGCUCACUGUACCUACACUGAAGGACAUAUGCAAGGCUCAUGGGCUUAAGAGUGGGCCGAAGAAGCAGGAACUGCUAGAUGCUCUUAUCAGACACUUGGAGAAGAACUGACUAAAGCUCAGAAGCCCAGCCACUUUCUACACUGCAGCCAGGCCACCUGCUUGUGUUCUUACCAAGCUAGGUGGUAGCUACAAAGAGCUACUUAAGUGCAAAAUCAUGGAGAUUACAGUCUCCCACCUCACUGUGCCUUACUCUGUGAAUAAAGAGCUCUAACUUUA